AUGGGAAUCCUCGACCGCUUCACACGGCGAAAGGACAAGGGCAUCGCGCUCGAGGACGACGAAAAGGCCUACCGCUACGAGCAGGACCCGACUCGCGAGCCCAAAGACCGGCCGGCGAGCAGGGCCUCGCGCUUCAAGGAGGUGACCGGGUCUAGGAGACGCUACCUGGGUAACUGGGCGCCUCACCCCAACAUGAUCCGUGGCAUCCGCUUCGUCCUCUACUCGUUGACGUCCUUGGCGGCCUUGACGACGGCGGCGUUCUGCAUCUCGGUCGUCGUCUACUACAACACCCACGGGCCCGUCAUCAAGCCCGCCUGGGGCUCUCUCAUCGCCGACAUCGUCUUUGGAAUCGGCACACCCGGCGUCCUCUUUGGCAUGAUGCUCGUCCUCCCCCGCUUGUUCCGCCACGGCGGCGCUCUCGACAUCCUCAACCAGACUCGCAUGGAACUCCUCACCCUGUUUGGACUCGCGGUCGUUUGGGUCUCGGGCGCACUCGCGCUUGCUUGCGACUUGCGAGGCCAGGAGAACUGUCUCUGGGACGGAUACUGGCACUACCCGAAGCCUUCGGACUUCCAAGACGCCUGCAACCGCAUCAACUGGGCUGUCGCGCUCGCCUACACGACCUUCGGGUUGACGUGCCUCCAGAUGGCCGUCAUCUGGGCCAUCGCAGGCUACAUCCUCCUCUUCCUCGACCAGGAGGUCCUGACGGAACACACCAACUCGAUGGGUUCGCGCGCCUACCUCGCCCGUUCGCGCGCCCAACAACAACACAAAGUCCUCCGCGCCGCUCGCCAAUCCGGCGUCUCGACCAUGGGCCCUUCGUCCGGUUCCGGUCGGCGCUCGUCGAGUUUCGGAGCGGCGGUCGGAGCGAGUCUGAUGGAUGACGACGAGAUGAGUGAGAAUGCUGGGCCCGGACCGAUGGCGGGUGGGGUGAUUGCGAGUCGCUCGCUGCCCAACUCGCAGCGCGCCCCGGCGGGACCGAUGAUGGGCGGCUCAGCGCCUCACGUAAGCGUCACCAACACGGAUGGCACGACGCUCUCUCGCCCCUCGAGGUCCAACUCGCAAGGCUCCAACGUCCGAUUCACCGACCACGCCCACGCUCACGACGACGACUUGAACGAGGCCCAGCCCGUUGCGGCGUCGAGGAGAGCGCCGGCGCCGGGGGGGAUGUGGAGUUCGGGCGCGCCGAGGUUGGGAGAUGAGGAGCGCGCGGCCGCGCAUGGGGAGGACCCGUUUGAGGAUCAGCGGGGUGGGUACUAUGGGUAUGAGAACGAGGCGGGGUUGACGAGCGAGAGGGACAGGCACUUGCACGUCUAG